AUGGCACCUAAGACCCUUGUCGAAGCUCUCGAGCUCAUCUGCAAUGUCGACGUCGACGCAGUUGAUCCAAAGGUGGCCAAGGGCCUUCCCUUCAAGCCUCAUAACCAAACCUCUAACCAGGUUAUUAUGAGCAACACAAUGUGCGAACCCGAGUUUCAUGACAUGCUUGUGGACAAGGUUAAGAACUACGGUGACAAGGGAUGGGAGGAAGUCUUCAACCGCGUGAUGGUUCAAUUCUGUGCCAACAACAUCGGCAAUAUCUCGAAUAGGGUUCUUGUUCAGGUUUCCCCUGCACGCAUAUACAACACGGACCAAGUCCUGGAGCAAUGCUACGCAUACGAUGCCGCGUUCAAGGAUGCCGGUAUCUCUCGAGACAGAUAUGCCAUUAAGAUUGCAGCAACUGGACCCGGCAUGGCUGCGGCAUCCAUUCUGAACAAGGAAGGGAUCCGAACCCUGGCUACUUCUCUCUUCAGCUUGCCACAGGCAAUUGCAGCAAGCCAGGCAGGGUGUCUUUACAUUAGCCCCUACCUAAACGAGGUUGCUGCGUACUCGGAUGACUCGCUAAUGUGCAAGAGUGACGAUCCAGCCAUGGAUCACCCCAUGGCGCCACGUCUGAUUCAAAUCCUUGAAGCCUACACUCAGCUUUACAAGGAGACUGGCAAGGACCAGCCCGUUAUUGUCAUCGCCAGUAACGCCAAUGUUGCCGAAAUUCUCGCUACAGCUGAAAUAGGAUGCCAGCACAUCACAAUCCUAGCCCAUCACUUGGAGGAGCUGAAGAACACUCCCUAUGAUGCUGCAGCCCAGGAGAAGUACCCUUUCUUGAAGAAUGCCCCACCAAAGCUAAAGGCACCUUAUUAUAAUGUUCAGAAAACCCCCGAGCGUCUCAGGGGUCACAACAACAUUGAUCCGCUUGCUGGUCCCGAGUGGGACGGCAAGUUGGCUGAUAUCCACAAGGACUAUCUUGCUAAUAAUGGUGCUGCUUUGACCGCUGCUAUGGAUGUAGAUGCUGCAGUGCAGAGGAAAAUGAAGGACGUUUGUGAUGCUUUCGAUGGCGGAAAUGCCAAAGCCAAGGCCGCCAUUGACGCGGAAUUGGCUAAGCUGAAGGCUUAG